AUGCAUUCAACUUACCACUUUUCUCCUCUACGACAAUGAGGCAAGGGAUACGCUCGAUCCAGAACAGACACUGAUCCAAUGGGCUCCUCCUCAUCCAAGGUCGCUAGCAAAGCUGCCGCCGGUGCAGCUCGUCGACAAUACCCUUCUACUUCAUCCAUCCCGAACACCGCAACUCCCACCACCAAUACUCCUGCCAGAACAAAUGCACCCAUCCAAACUGCCGGGCCUACCGCUCCUACUCAGGUACAUCCCGAUCCAGUGACAAACCCUCCUGUAGAACAAAAAACAGAACAAGUCGAGCUGGACGGCCGAGAUCCGCAAUUUGGCGCCGCCUUGCGGAAAAUAGGGCCUGUUAAACCUAGUCCAGACGCGAGACCAGACGAAUCUUUCCCGACUUCAAGCGAGCCUAUGCAGUCGGGACAGAACAUCUUCCCUUCUACACAAAACAAUCCGGCGGUCAUACUCACUCAAGCACGGCAAAGAAUUGGUAAACAGUGGGAAACAGAGGAUGAUAAUCGAGGCAGACCUAGUUUUCACGGCCGAACUAUGAUGAGUGCAAAGGACAUUAAAGAGGCACUGAGACUACGUGAUGACGUUGGGAAACCGUCGCAAGAGGUGGAGAAGCAGAUGAAGUUGAAGUCGGGCAUUCUGGAUCAGUUGCUCGCCAAAGAUGUGGUUGCCAAUACUUGAAUGCACCUCGCAUCGCCACCGAGCCGCGGUUGAAAACAGUACUUGAAUGACUCCGGAGCCUGUCAUGGAGCCGCUAUAUGCUCGUUAGUACAGAUCGCGAGCUGCUGGCUGAAAAAUAUGAAUGCACAAUCGGGUGCCAUUGUCCGUUCCCUGUCAUCAACCAGCAGGAACUGUGUUGGGCACGUGGUUCAGCAGCGAAUGGCGGUCAAGAAGUCGCCAAGUCGCCAUACUCAUUGCAAUCUGCCUCUUCUAUCUGGCAUGAUAAGGGCCUGCGCACUGUUCGAGUAGCACUUGGUCAGUACGACGUUUGUUAUCAUGGUUGAAAAACCGUGCUAACUCACAAACAUAGCAGAAGGC